AUGAAAAGGGACAUUUGGACAGUCCUUGGCAUUAUAAGCUUUAUUUUCUUCGUUCUAGGAGCACCUGCGUUAUUUUAUUUUGGAUUUUGGAUUCCCAAAGAGAUUGAAAAAGCGGCUGCUGAAGAAGAAGGAAGAACUCUCAUCGCAAGCGCGUGGGUCUUUCAAUACCCUCUGCAACCUUAUGGCAACAGGUUCAAACUAAGCGCUACCGAAAACGGCAAUCAGCUUCAUUAUUUCGUGCUGAAUGCUUUGCAGAAAGGACUGAUAAAGAAAUUUGACUUCUCUUAUGAAGACGGAGGACAAGAGCAAUGCGAAAAUCUUGGAUUAAAAUUCUAUGACUAUUUUGACGCCCAUGAUUCGAACAAAACCGAAUGGCUUUUCGACGAAAGCGGACAUCCUUCACUCGAUAGCUGCCUAUUCAAUCCACUAAAGUACGAAUGUAAUGACUUACAACCAUAUCAUCAAGGUGGAACCUCGGUCGAUCAAUCUACUGUUGAUGCGAUUAAUGACAUCUUAACGCAGAAGGAGGAUCCCGAAUGUCAUGGAAUACUAGAUGAAUAA